CACUACGAAGGAUUUUGGAAACUCUGAAAAGGAGACAACAACUAUUGAGACCCUGACCUGAAAAAAAGACUCAAGCUUCGACUCUCUCUGCCUGGCAUUACGCCGUAGCUGUGCCUCCGUUGGUUUGGGAGAUGUGGCUGUGCCGUAGGGAUUAAUGCGGGGCACAGCAGGGACCUUGGCCGUGGUGUCGUCCAACUCGGAGCUUGCGACUGCAGCUCUCCCAUCCCUCAACGACAACAACCGCUUUGUAACCAACCUUGCCGUCUCUUUUGCGCAUCGCUUGUCAGUUUUGCUACAGGCGCGCUGCAGAUACAUCCUUACGAAACCCCCAAAAACGACCCGAAUUCACUAAUCGCGAUGGGCGACCCGCGGGAUCCGUCAUCGUACCGGGUGACGCCGAGGAUCCGCUACAACACUGUCGGUGGUGUCAACGGGCCCCUCGUCAUCCUCGACAAUGUCAAAAACCCGCGAUACAAUGAGAUUGUCACCCUCACACUUCCCGACGGGACCCAGCGAUCCGGCCAAGUCUUGGAGACCCGAGGAAGCCGGGCCGUCGUCCAGGUCUUCGAGGGCACUUCGGGCGUCGAUGUAAAGAAGACUCGUGUUGAAUUCACCGGGGAGAGCUUGAAGCUCGGCGUGUCGGAAGACAUGUUGGGGCGCAUCUUCGACGGCUCGGGUCGUGCGAUCGACAAGGGCCCCAAGGUGCUGGCUGAGGAGUUCUUGGAUAUCAACGGCAGCCCCAUCAACCCCUACUCCCGAGUUUACCCCGAGGAGAUGAUUUCGACCGGUAUCUCGGCCAUCGAUACGAUGAACUCGAUUGCGCGCGGCCAAAAGAUCCCUAUCUUCUCCGCUGCCGGUCUCCCGCACAACGAAAUCGCCGCUCAGAUUUGCCGGCAGGCCGGUUUGGUGCAGCGCCAGGGCGUCACAAACAAGGGUGUCCACGAUGGCCACGAGGAGAACUUCUCGAUCGUCUUCGCAGCCAUGGGUGUCAACUUGGAGACGGCCCGUUUCUUCACCCGCGACUUCGAAGAAAACGGCAGUUUGGAGCGCACUACCUUGUUCCUCAACCUUGCCAAUGACCCGACUAUCGAGCGUAUCAUCACGCCGCGCCUUGCCCUGACGACCGCCGAGUACUACGCCUACCAGCUCGAGAAGCACGUCUUGGUCAUUCUCACCGAUCUGUCUUCGUACUGUGACGCCCUCCGCGAGGUGUCGUCCGCCCGCGAGGAAGUCCCCGGUCGCCGCGGUUUCCCAGGUUACAUGUACACGGAUUUGUCCACCAUCUACGAACGUGCCGGUCGUGUGGAGGGCCGGAACGGCUCUAUCACGCAGAUCCCCAUUCUGACCAUGCCCAACGAGGACAUUACACACCCUAUUCCCGACUUGACGGGCUACAUUACCGAGGGCCAGAUUUUCGUCGACCGUGGUCUGUACAACCGCGGCAUCUACCCUCCCAUCAACGUGUUGCCGUCGCUGUCCCGUCUCAUGAAGUCGGCCAUCGGCGAAGGCAUGACCCGCAAGGACCACGGUGACGUGUCCAACCAGUUGUACGCCAAGUACGCCAUCGGCCGUGACGCAGCGGCCAUGAAGGCCGUCGUCGGUGAAGAGGCGCUGUCGGCCGAAGACAAGCUCUCGCUCGAGUUCCUCGACAAGUUUGAGCGCACCUUCAUCAGCCAGAGUCCGUACGAGUCGCGGACGAUCUUCGAGUCGCUCGAUCUGGCGUGGAGCCUGCUGCGCAUCUACCGCAAGGACAUGCUGAACCGUAUCCCCGCCAAGGUUCUCAGCGAGUUCUACCAGCGGUCGUCGGCGGACCGCAAGGGCAAGGGCAAGGCAACGACCAAGGACACCAGGGACACGGCGGCGCCCGAGGAGGAGAACCUUAUCGAUGCAUGAGCACGGGCGAGUUGGGACUUGGUCAUGAGCAAGCGAUGCAUAUAUACGUAAUGCGUGCGGGUUCGCUCUGGACGGGGGACUUGAUUUGCAUUGUAAAUGAUAGGCUGGGGCGGUGGUUGGCGAGUUCGUAGAUUGGAAUUUGACGAGUGUUUGGUUCUUAG